UAUUCUGUAGUGACUGCAUCUUUCCUUCUAGACAAGCCAGCAAGCUACAUCCAGCAAGAGGAAUGGGGAAAAGCAACACCAGUUCAGGGUUUCUGGCCCUAAACUCCUCAGCCUCAGCAAUGGCACCCACGACAACAUAUCCAAUGGACGAAAUCAUCCCUGGAAGUAUCUACAUCUGGAUUCUGAUCACAAACUUGAUGAUCAUCAUCUUCGGACUGGUCGGGCUGACAGGAAAUGCCAUUGUUCUCUGGCUCCUGGGAUUCCGCUUGCACAGGAAUGCCUUCUUAGUCUACAUCCUAAACUUGGCCCUGGCUGACUUCCUCUUCCUCCUCUGUCACAUCAUAAAUUCCACAGUGGUUCUUCUCAAGGUUCCCCCACCCAACAGGAUCUUGGUCCAUUGCUUUAACACCAUCAGAAUGGUUCUCUACAUCACAGGCCUGAGCAUGCUCAGUGCCAUCAGCAUGGAGCGCUGCCUGUCUGUCCUGUGGCCCAUCUGGUAUCGCUGCCGCCGCCCAGAACACACAUCAACUGUCAUGUGUGCUGUGAUCUGGGUUCUGUCCCUGUUUAUCUGCAUUCUGAAUGGUUAUUUCUGCAGUAUCUUAGAUAUCAAAUAUUUUAAUUUCUAUGCGUGUCUGGCAUCGAAACUCUCUAUCAGAGCAUACCUGAUGUUUUUGUUUGUAGUCCUCUGUCUGUCCACCCUGGCUCUCCUGGCCAGGUUGUUCUGUGGUGCUGGGAAGACGAAAUUUACCAGAUUAUUCCUGACCAUCAUGCUGACCAUUUUGGUUUUUCUUCUCUGUGGGUUGCCCUGGGGCUUCUGGUUCCUGUUUGUCUGGAUUGAGAACGAUUGGAUUGUACUAGAUUAUAGAUUUUAUCUGGCAUCAACUGUCCUAACUGCUGUUAACAGCUGUGCAAACCCCAUCAUUUACUUCUUCGUGGGCUCAUUCAGGCAUCGGUUGAAGCACCAGACCCUCAAAAUGGUUCUCCAGAGUGCACUGCAGGACACUCCUGAGACACCUGAAAACAUGGUGGAGAUGUCAAGAAGCAAAGCAGAGCCGUGAUGAAGAGCCUCUGCCUGGACCUCAGAGGUGGCUUUGGAGUGAGUACUGCCCUGCUGCACUUGACCACUGUCCACUCUCCUCUCAGCUUACUGACUGGGCAUGCCUCAGUGGUCCAACCACCUUCAAGAGCACUCCACUGACUUAGUAUUUAUACCUCUCCCAAGUAAUAGCAUUAAUCAAAAAGUACCAUGUCUGCAUCCUUCUUGACAUUAAUCAAAUUUUCAUACUAACUUCA